GAUAGCAGAAAGAAAAUAGAGAAAACCUCUGCUCGUUGAGCCGUUUGGCUGCGUCUCUCCACCCACGAGAGAAACCCUAAUCCUCCUCCCCUCUUCUCUCCUCUCCCCUCGAAGCCGCCACCGCCAUGACGCCUCCCUUCCGCCCGUCCCCCUCCGCCCCUCGCGGCUGCGGCGGCGACCGCUGCGCCUCCGGCCGCGACGCGUGGCCCCUCCACCACGUCCGCCACGAGGGCGUCUUCUGCCGCCUCUGCUCCUCCUGCGUCCUCCUCUACCACCCCGCCGCCUUCUGCUCCGCCUGCCUGCUCCUCCUCUCCCCCGACGCCGCCGCCACCGAGGAGCCCCGGCUCGACCCCGCCCUCGCCCCGCCCGGCCCCACCGCCGCCUGCACCGACUGCGGCCUCUCCGUCGCGCACCACUCCUGCGUCCCGGACCCCGCCUCCUUCGUCUGCCCGCCCUGCGCCGCCGCCACCGAGGCCAGGCCCUUCUCCUUCUCGCCCGCGCCCCCGGGGGGCGGCCGCCGCGCGCUGGACGAGCGCGCCGCGCGGGUCCUCCUCGUCGCGGCGCGCAUCGCGCACGAGUCCGUCGGGCGCGCCGCGGCCGCCGCCCGCGAGGAGGCCGAGCGCCGCGUCGCGGAGGCUGCCGCGGCUCGGAAGCGCUCGCGCGAGAUGCUCGACGCGGCGUUCCGCGCGCUGGAGGCGGAGGCCAGGGACGCCAAGAAGCCCGCGGGGGCCCAGCCGCCCAAGAAGAAGACCCCGAAGAGCAACGAGGCGAACAGGGACAGGGACAAGCUGCUCAAGCUCAACGCCAUGCAGCAGCCUGCACUGGCAUUCGCCGCGGCCGCCGCCGCUGCAGCAGCAGCGAGCUCGAUGCCAUUGCCGACGCCAUCAUCAUCAUCCAGGGAGGACAAGAAGUCGGUGAAACAGGAGGCGCACGGUUCAGCGCCGAGAGACGAUCGUGCGCCACUGUUUGGGACCUUGCAGUCGUGAGAUUGGGGGUGUUGUGAUCUGCUUCUUCCGUUCCAUUGCGCUUCUGUGCAGCUAAGCAAUCUGAGGAACUGCAGCUUCAGGGGUGAUAGUCGUAGUGCAGAGUGCUGGAAUCCCAAUUGUGGAGUCCUCAUCGUAAAUUCUAGUCUUGACACGCUAGAUGAUCCUUCCAUCUCAUGUAGCUGGUUUGAACCCUGUGUUCCGAUUUGUUAUAAAUAUUUUGUUGGUGGAUGAAUGUUGCGCAAUCAAAUGCAACCAGGUGUUCCAACU